GAGUUGUCGAGUCCUUGCAUGGCGGCAUAGGAUUGUGGAGUCGAGGCAAACUAUGCCAAAGACGACAGUAAUUCAGCGUGCCGCCUACAAGACGCACGUUAGCGGUUGUAAGUCGAUAGACAUAUACACGUGCAAACUGAUAAGGGAAAAAUUAAUGUUUAUUUAAAAAAAAAGUGCUACAUUGUGACUGUGAUGGAUAUGCACGAGUGAGAAUGUAUUUUUAAUUUAAUUGAUACUGGCAUCAAUGCAGAGCUGACCAGACCUUGGUAAAUGUGAAAAAAAAUGAAAAGCGACAGACAAAAUUGGACACUUUCAGUUAAUUUAAAAUAAUAAAUCAACUAAGAAUAUGGAAAAAUGUAUAUGGGCUGUGAUCUUAAUAGUCUCUUUUACUGCAGGACCUCCAGGAGUAUCGUCCUUGCAGUGCUACAAGUGCCACAUAAACCCGCCUCCGGGAGAGACAUACAACACCACUAAGAACCUAUGCGCACAUUUUGAUUACUCCACCAAGUUCAUUGUUAACUGUCCAUACUCCACUAUGUGCAUGAAACAGGAGUUUCAUUUAGACUUACCGAAUGGUAAGACAAUCACAAACGUUCGGCGGGACUGCGCGUCACAAAAGCUGGAGUACCACGACUAUCGCAAUGGGCAGUGGUCGCCGAAAAGCGAGGUCCUGGAGCCCUACCAGGAAGGUUGCCAGAACGUCGACGACAAGGGGGAGAGGACCACGUCCUUCAACAGAUACUGCUACUGCCGCUCAAAUUUAUGUAAUACGUCGGCAAACUCCAACCAUGAGGGCUACACCGACAUCAUGGGGGUCAUAGUGGUGUUCAAUCUAAUGAAAUACAUCAACAGCCUCAGAUAAUUCUUAAGACAAUAUCAGUUUACAAGCAGGGUACAAGAUUUAUUAAUUAAAUCACAAAACCAGUGUAAAAUUUUAAGAAGUGGACCACAGGCACUGAAGACACCGCUUAGAAUGUAACCGGGAAGAAAUUUGGAUUAGGCUUCCUUAAAUUCACACAUACAACAUCCAAUUUUCUAAAAAUCCAGAAUCAUAAAUGACAUAUGUGGAAAAAGUUCCAUCUUAAACCAUGGAUCUUCAAAAUGGAUUUAAAUGGACAUAGAAAAUAUAAGGACCAGACAAUCGAUUUAAUGAAGUCUAUAGAAAUAACUUUAAAAAUAAUAAUUUAAAAGCUGUUUCACGAUUCUUCAGAUAUCAAUAUGCUUACCCGAUACCCUGUAGAGUAAAUGAGAUGUGAGUAGAGUGAUAUUCUCAAAAUGUGAUACUAAGUAGUUCCUCUAAGAGGACAAAACUUUUAUUUUGUACUUUAAUAAGAUGAUGAAGAACACAUUUCUGUAAAUAAUUAAAUAAAGAUAACUAUUUCAAUGACAUUUUCAAACAGUAUCGUAAUUAUAUUAAAGAAAAUUACACAAUAAUCUAUUUAUUUGUGGACUAUAAUACUUACGGUUGAAAACUCAUUAAAUUUAAUGUACAUUAUAUAAAACCUAAUUUUUAUAAUAUUAAAUUUAAAUUGUUAAAUCUAUACCUAUUGAAUAAGGGACAUUCCAGGACUGUGAAUACUGUGAUUGUGACAAAAAAAAAAUGUAAAUGAUGUCUUAAAAUAUUUAAAAAGGACAGUUUCACAGAUUACAAUUAAUUAAGUAUUGUACUUCAACUUCGAUUUCUUUCAAUUUUGUUAGACAGAUGUCUGUAGACAUGUAUACCAAUAUCAUGUCAUAGUAAAUAAAUUAUACAUAAGUUAUUCAAGGAGCAAAACUAUUUUAUUAAAAAAUAUAUAAAUGCGAAACACUGCUUGUUUAUCUUUCUGACCGUCUAUUAAGCUUUUUCGGCUAAACUACUAAAUCGAAUUUGAUGACUUUGUUUAAGUUGUGUAAAUUAGUCGUGGGAAAAAAUAGAGUAUUGUUUCUGGAAAUCUAAGGACGCGAAUAAAUCCCGACGAUUUUAGAUAAAUUCUUGUAGAAUUGAUUUUAUAUUGUUUGACUCUAAUAAUAAGGUUUAAAGCUUAUUAUUUAAGAAAUUAUUAAAUUGGCGAUAACUUAAAUGAAAUUGUUAUUUAAAUCCAUGCCAGAUUUAUAUAAAGAGAAGUAAA